GCGGGGCGCAGCGGCCCAGCCUGGAGCGAGCGCAGCCUCGUGCCCGCCGCCCGUGCCCGCCGCCGCUGCCGCCGCCGCCGCCGCCCGUGCCCGCCGCCCCCGGGGCAUGGCCUGUCUGAUGGCCGCUUUCUCGGUCGGCACCGCCAUGAACGCCAGCAGCUACUCUGCAGCGAUGACGGAGCCCAAGUCCGUGUGCGUCUCGGUGGACGAGGUGGUCUUGGGCAACAUGGAGGCCACCGAGACGGACCUGCUGAACGGACAUCUGAAGAAGGUGGACAACAACCUCACGGAGGCUCAGCGCUUUUCGUCCCUGCCCCGCAGGGCGGCCGUGAACAUCGAGUUCAAGGACCUCUCCUACUCCGUCCCCGAAGGACCCUGGUGGAGGAAGAAAGGAUACAAGACCCUUCUGAAAGGCAUCUCCGGGAAGUUCAACAGCGGGGAGCUGGUGGCCAUCAUGGGUCCCUCUGGGGCCGGGAAGUCCACACUCAUGAACAUUCUGGCUGGAUACAGGGAGACUGGCAUGAAGGGGGUCGUCCUCAUCAACGGCCUGCCCCGGGAUCUGCGCUGCUUCCGGAAGGUGUCCUGUUACAUCAUGCAGGACGACAUGCUGUUGCCACACCUCACUGUGCAGGAAGCCAUGAUGGUGUCUGCACAUCUGAAGCUCCAGGAGAAGGACGAAGGCAGGAGGGAGAUGGUCAAGGAGAUCCUGACGGCUCUGGGCUUGCUCUCUUGCGCCAACACGAGAACCGGAAGCCUCUCGGGCGGCCAACGGAAGCGCCUGGCCAUCGCACUGGAGCUGGUGAACAACCCUCCCGUCAUGUUCUUCGAUGAGCCCACCAGCGGCCUGGACAGCGCCUCCUGCUUCCAGGUGGUCUCCCUGAUGAAAGGACUGGCCCAAGGAGGGAGGUCCAUCAUCUGCACUGUCCAUCAGCCCAGCGCUAAGCUCUUCGAGCUCUUUGACCAGCUUUAUGUCCUUAGUCAAGGACAAUGUGUGUACCGGGGAAAAGUCUCCAAUCUUGUGCCAUACUUGAGGGAGUUAGGUCUGAAUUGCCCAACCUAUCACAACCCUGCUGACUUUGUCAUGGAGGUAGCGUCCGGUGAAUACGGUGACCAGAACAGCCGCCUGGUGAGAGCCGUCCGGGAGGGCAUGUGUGAUUCUGACCACAGGAGAGAGCCUGGGGGGGAUGCCGAGGUGAACCCUUUUCUUUGGCACCGGCCCUCUGAAGAGGUAAAGCAGGCAAAACGAUUAAAGGGGUUGAGAAAGGACUCCACCUCCAUGGAAGGCUGUCACAGCUUCUCGGCCAGCUGCCUCACCCAGUUCUGCAUUCUCUUCAAAAGGACCUUCCUCAGUAUCAUGAGGGAUUCGGUCCUGACGCACCUGCGGAUCACGUCUCACAUCGGCAUCGGCCUCCUCAUCGGCCUGCUCUACCUGGGGAUCGGGAACGAAGCCAAGAAGGUCCUGAGUAACUCCGGCUUCCUCUUCUUCUCCAUGCUGUUCCUCAUGUUCGCGGCCCUCAUGCCCACCGUUCUCACAUUCCCCCUGGAGAUGGGAGUGUUCCUUCGGGAACACCUGAACUACUGGUACAGCCUGAAAGCCUACUACCUGGCCAAGACCAUGGCCGAUGUCCCCUUCCAGAUCAUGUUCCCGGUGGCCUACUGCAGCAUCGUGUACUGGAUGACGUCACAGCCGUCCGACGCCGUGAGGUUCGUCCUGUUUGCCGCGCUGGGCACCAUGACCUCUCUGGUGGCGCAGUCCCUGGGUCUGCUGAUUGGAGCUGCCUCGACGUCCCUGCAGGUGGCAACCUUUGUGGGCCCUGUGACGGCCAUCCCCGUCCUCCUCUUCUCGGGGUUCUUCGUCAGCUUCGACACGAUCCCAGCUUACCUGCAGUGGAUGUCGUACAUCUCCUACGUCAGGUACGGGUUCGAAGGGGUCAUCCUGUCCAUCUACGGCCUGGACCGGGAGGACCUGCACUGUGGCAUCGACGAGACGUGCCACUUCCAGAAGUCAGAGGCCAUCCUGCGGGAGCUGGACGUGGAGGACGCCAAGCUCUACCUGGACUUCAUCGUCCUGGGGGUUUUCUUCAUCUCCCUGCGCCUCAUUGCCUACUUCGUCCUGAGAUACAAGAUCCGGGCCGAGAGGUAAAACACCGGAGUGCCGGCAGAGGGCGGAGUAGACAGUGCGGCCCAGGGUGGCUUGUAGGAUCGCGGCGGCAGGGCCGUGCCCGCGGACACAGGGACCCCCGCCGCCCAGCCCUGGCAGCGCCCUCGGGCCGCGGGCGUCAGGCCGCCCCGUCCGCGCAGCCCAGCCGGGCCUUCGCUCCGUCCCCCUUUCUGGCUCCGCCGGGGAAGCGGGUGUAGAGGUGUGUCCUCGAGCAGCAUUUCACAACGCGGCGGCGGGGCGGCCGGGGAGGAAGGCCAGCGCCCGCGGCCCCGCUCAUGACUGUCGCUGUCACCCCCCCACGGUCUGCCUCCUUCUCCACGGAGAAGUCACCUUCCAAGCCAAAAGCCGAUAACUCUCAUCCAUUUGAAGAAACUGUAUCUUUUUAGUACUCGUCGAAGAACACGAUUCAGGGUAAAUGACACACUUUGCUUCGAGAGGCGAGGGGUUGAACUUCACCGCGGGGCUGGUCUCGUUUUUCGGGCUGAAGCUGUAAAAGAUGGAGACACGGUCCCCGGCGGAGAGAAGGUUCUGGAGCUGCACGUGCUCAGCGUGCCGGAAUUUUAAGAAGUCGUGAGGAAAGCUGGAGGGUGAGGUUGGCCGACACCCCCCAAGCCUUCUGUUUCCCCCCGUGCUUCUUAUCUUAAGCAAAACAUAUUGUUUAUUUCUUCCUAACUCUCUGAACACCUUAAUUUUGCCUACAACAUGUCCAGAAAAUUGGCUUUGUUGAUGUUUUACCCAUGUGUCUCUCUCCCCACGUAUCACAUCACCUACCUCCACGGAGCUGGGAGUGCUGGGCUUGCGGAAAAUCCGGGGGGGCACACGGAGGGCCGUGAGGGGACCCCACUGUGGCUGGGGGGUGGCGGUGGGGAGGGUGCCCAGACCCCAGAGCAUCCAAGGCCCUUGCAAGAAAGCGGCGAACACCGUGUGGCCGAGACGCUUGUGGUUUGGCCAAGCGGUGGACAGGGUUGUGGGCAAUGCCACCUGCCAAGCCCCGUUUCGGUGGCAUCUCCUCCUUCUCAGCCCUGGCUGGGCUGGUGGCGAUGUCGCGGAUCAGAAGCUCCUUCUUCCCCGUGAAGGAGGUUGAGGGUGCAUCUAGGGGAGGGGUAAACGGCCUCUGGCUUGCUACCAGGUGCCUGGGCGCUUACCAGCCGUCAGAGGCAGUGUGACCACAGGGUGGAGGUCGGAAGAGGCCAGAGAAGGGAAUGGAGUGUUGCCCCCUCGGAAUCUCCUUGCCCUGGGGCCGAGGUCUCCUAGCGACUCUGGCUCCUUCCCGCCCUGAGCCUGGAUCUCCUGGUCUGUGAACGGUAGCGCUGGGCGGUCUUCAAGGCCGCUUUCAGCCCUGAGAGGUUCUGCGCCUCCUCAGCCGUGUUCCCAAAGCUUCUAUUUCCUACUUGAAGAGAAUGGAGAGCGUUCAGAUUUUGCCGGCGCGUGGAUUUGACUCGCAGAUGCUUGGUGAUCCCUUUGCUCCACGUGGUGAUCCCUUUGCUCCCUCUUUGAUCCGUUUUAGUAAACACAGUGGAGACGUGUUACAACGUAGCUUUGAGUUUCAUGGUUCUGUGCAAAUGGGGCAUCACCGGCCAGAUGAAGCGAUUUAACCAGGAUCGCUUUUUAGGCGCCAUAAAAAGUCUUCGUUUAAUUUCAAGACAGAUUUGCCUGCAAGAUGUCACAGGUAGGAAGUCCCACAUGGGAACAGAGAAAUAGAGAGGGGGUGGGGGUUCCCACAUGGGAACUGGUGAAACAGAGAGGGGGUGGGGCCUGGGGGAUGGCUUUGGUCACGCCACAGUGACAUCAGGCGCGCUGGGUAUUUAAAGACCUCUUUCCCUCCAGGUGAGCCCUCUGGAGGCGGGUCUGUGACCUUGCUAAGGACGGGCUGGCCGGGAGCUGCAAUGCAGGACCCAGCCCUCCCCCUACCAGGCACCAUUUGUGACCCGAGCCCACCGUGCGGUGUCUCAGCCAUUUCAGAAGGAAACAGAUUCCUUGAGACCGAAAAUCUAGUUUCCAAGUGUCCCUGCGUCCUCAGAAGGCAAUAUUUCCCUAGGAGUGCAUCCUCCCUGCAUUCUCCAUUUUCCACUCUUGAGAAAUUACAUUUGUCCCUUAAUAGAUGUAGGCGGGUAGGGGGCAGAUGUGGCAGAUGUGAGGCUGUCCGCUGUCGAGGAAAAUGCAUGUGCAAAGCAACAGGGCGCUAACUGGCGCGUGUCACGAAUACUGUCGUGGCCAGGCAGGGGAUUUGCUCAGAAAGACCUUGGGGCGCCUUGAGAGAGGCAGUCAGUCCCGGGAUGCCGUCCCUCCCCCGUUGGCGGCAGGUGCCCCCCGCUGGCGCCUUCACACAGACCCUGGGCGACAGUGAUGCAAACGGUGUUCCUUGCGUCCCCAGGUAGCUGGGUACAACGGCUCACUCGGAUGACCUAAGCUAACGUCCAGACAACCUGUUGACUUGUUUUUGAACUCGUUGCGGUUAAGAGGGGGGUGUCCACCUGCUGGGACUGAAUCCAGGCCAGCUGCCCAGAUUUAAUUCUCGUCGCGAGUUCUGAAUGCAAUGCCUCCUCUCGUCUCUGUGGUUCUUCAUUUAGAGGGAAGAGUGAAAUCUUGUGUGAGAGAGGUGAAGCCCCCCCCGGUAUUAGGAGAGGCAAAAGCGCGAGUCCAAAGGGUCUCGCUUCUAAGUUCGGCUUGUCAGGCGGGAAGGGGGAGCAGCGGGGUCCGACAGCUGCGGAGCCUGGGGUCUGGUGCCGGCCGCACCUUGGGAGCCUUCCACGGGUGCCACCGUAGGAUUGUGCCCCUUUUUGCUCCUGGUCUCGCUGAGGACCAGCCGGAGGGGGCAGUUCUUCCAAGGGUCCCGCAUGGGUGCCAUGGGGAGCUCUCCCCAGGGAGGGAAGAAACCCUGUACAUGGAAGAUGCUGGAGUCUGGUGAUGUCACCUUGGGCAAGGGGCCUUCGGGACCAGGAGAAACCUCAUCCCAGAGACCCACAAAAAGGCCACGUUCCCAGGGAGCAUGACCGGGAGGUCAGGGACAGGUGGAGUCACCUUCUGUGGUUUGGCUGAGAGGACGGAAAGCCCGGGCCGCCGUGUACUGAGCGUGUUUUCCCUGCUGGUUGUCCCAGACACUGAGCCAGGAGCCGAGGGGGCCCUCUGUUCAUCCCCUCACUCGGCAAACACGGUCACUGGUGCUCCCCACAUGCUUGGUGCUAGUGUCUCAGGCCCUGGGAGCCCAGGGGGAGGGAACCCAGAGAUGGCUUGGCCUCCAGGGCGGCAGGUGAUGGGAUGGGGGGUGUAUUCAUUCUGCAGAUGCAGAAGGCCGGGCGGGGGAGGACGGGCGAGGUCUCAGUCCGACACCAGGGAAGAGCGCACUGGGAAUUUGAGUGGGGGUCUGACCCCAGGUCUUUUUUUUUUUUUUCGCUUCGCCCUGUUGCCUCCUAUUUGUGAUGUACAAAUACACAUGAAAAUACUUCCUAAAGCAUAAAGUGCAAUACUAGAAUACUAGCUUAGUGGCUGUUCAUUAUGGACUUGGCUGCUACCAAACAGAAAGCCGAGACAGGAGGGUGGCCCAUGCCCCUACCCUCCCCCCACACCAUCGUCCGGCAUGGGGUUGUCCCUCCGGCCUUGGAGGCUGAGCUGACUCCUGUCUCGUGGAGAGGUGCCUUCCUCUGCUCCGGCCUGGUCUUAGCUUCCUAAAGCGGCGUACCUGAAUAUUAGCUGGGGCUAGAGAGGGCUGGUGUGUGUGUGUGUGUGUGUGUGUGCACGCACACGUGCUCCGUCUCCAAAUUCUCCGUCAUCCUUUAUUCCCAGAAGGUGGGAGAAAAUUCCACUUCAUGCCUGCCGUGCAGAUGGCCAAGAGCGUAGUCAAAAUCCGCUGAGGCUCCCACAUCCAAUGCCGUGUAAAUGUGACCAAGGGUCAAACACAACACCCAAGAUGGGGAAGUGCAGAGUGUGUGAAUAUAAAGUUAGAUAACUUUUAAGAAAUCAAGACUGCUAAUAAAAUAUUUUACAUAAAACGUUUCACUUGUGUUCAGUGUUAAAUGCUUCCGGUUCAGAAUGAUUUGCUUAAAUCUUACUAGGUGAAAUGGGCUCUUAGGUUGCAUUUUGAAUACAUUUGUUGUGCGUCUAGUAAGAUUCUCGCUUUGUUACUUGGCGUUCUGGUCUAACACCCCCGCUUGUAAAUUCACCUUCCUCUCCGGACACCAUGUUGUGUCUUAAAACUUUGUGCUUUUGCUCUGUUCUCCCAGACCCCCACCCACUUCCUCCUGCCCUGUCAAUGUCGGCCACAACCUCAAACAGGGCCGAGCCCCCCAGUGCGCUGUGGCCCGUGUGCCCCUUCCUCUCCAAUCCCCUCCGUCUUGGAGUGAGCUCCGGGGACACAGGCACUGGUGGCCAUUCUUCAGAGGAACAUCCCCCUCUCCUUGCUCUCAUGUUCCCGGACACCCACUUCUCUGGCCUGGCCUCUGUGGAGGCGGCUGUGAUGGGGAAAGCAUGUUCUCCCUAGGUUUGGCUCCCCAGGCGGACGUGAGCGGGACCCAGAAGGAGGCCGGUGCGGUGCACUGCUUUAGCUCCCCCGGAGCAAGGACUUAAGGGUAGUGGUGCUUAAGGCCUGGCCUUCAAACGGGUCUUCGCUCCCACCUCUGGUAAACAAGCAGAGAGCCGGGCUGAGCAAAGCGGCAGAAAGAUUGGCCCCUGCAAAUCCUAAGUGACAGGGACAGAAGAAGGUGGCCUGCAAGAUCGGAGGGCACCCCACGUGUGGGACCGGCUCGAAGUGGCUCCGUGUGCUCACCUGCUCCCUCUGCUUCCCCUUCCGCACCCGCCUGCCUCCGCAGACCCUCCAGUCCCGCCUCGGCCCUUCUGGGUCACUGUCCUUGGACUCCUCUGGGAUCAUCGCCCUCUGCAAAGACCGGGGGCCUCCCUGGGGCCAGAGGCCGGCAGGGCAGGGAAGACGCCUCACGGCGGGCUCAGCUCAGCCCGUCUGUGAAAUCCAAGCGUCCGGGGCAGGAAGGCAGAGCGAAGGUGACGCCCGUGCCCGCCCUCCCAGGCGGUGUGGCUGGGUUUUCCGAGAACCACCGCACAUUGUUCCCGUUUCUUUCUCAUCUUGGCGCAGACAGAAGGGUUUCGCCCGAGCCCGAUUUCGUACGUUACCUCUGAACAUGUCAACUUGAAGUCGUUCCUCCAACAGAUGCUUGUGUGGCCGAGUCGAGGGCGCACGGAGGCCGGCCGAGGGAACCCGCCGUGCGUUUAUGUCAACCCGGUUUGUAUACAUGAGCGUAGGUCGGGCUCAGCCCCUGACGCCUCCCCGUUCUCAGAAAUAGUCCCCCUGGCGUCGCGAAGGAGAAAACGACCAGGCACAUUAGGUACCGUGUUGCGGCCCGGGCAAGGGACUGUCCCUGGUGGGGGCGCAGCUUGGGGGCUUUCCCGCAGCACAAAGACCAUCGUGAAGCAGAAGAGGAGGAAGCGAGAGCAUGAAAUGUCCUUGUUUGAUCGCAGGGGCGGGGUGGGGGGAGUCUGCUGCUGUGUCCGGGCCGGCUUUCUGAGGCUGCAGGACGGAGGAGGCAGAGCCCUGGGGGUCCUUCACGGCCGGAGGGCUGGGCUCGCCCGAUCCGCUCCUCCUUCCCGGGAGACCCCCCCACGGUCUCGACCGAGGACAUGACCCCGGGCGCGCGUGCCUUUCUCGCCGAGCUUGCAAUCCCCGGCUUCCAGAGGGUCCUCCCUCAGCCCCUAAGCAGGAGCACCAAAUCUUGGGAGCGGCACGAGCCCCAAGCCACAUAAAGAAGCAGCAGCAAAACUCGACGUUGCUACACGGAGCUGAGGUUUUCCUCCGUGGGGCAGCUCCUCCCUGUCCUGGAGCAUCUGCGUGAACGGAAGAGAGAAUCCCGUUCGUCGCCUUUGGCCUACACUUUGCACAUGAACUUAAACGUGGCCCUGGUGUUGUGUACAGUUAAACGGCAUUUCACCUCUGCACACGGGAGGCGUUCGCCAUGCGCAGCAGGGCCGGGCGGGCCGGGGUGGGGGAUGCUGGGGCCAGGCCGGUGGGCGACAGAGCGCCCCGGUGAUGUUCCACUGCGGGCCCGCUGGGCCCAGUUCUCAAGCCCCCCCCCCCCAGACCAGUCUCCCCGGGGAAGGAAAGCCCUUGCCAGCAGCUCACAGGUGGACGGUGUUCCUCUGCCCCACCUGCCCUGAGGGCUGGCCCAGCAACAGAUCCCAGCACAGCCUGGGGGCCCACAGGGAGCGGGGGGAAACCGCCGGCCCAUUUCUGCCGCACAGGUCACCAAAACGGCCUCCCCUCCUGGGCCGCCCCGAAUGUGCCCUCUCCCGCUGGACGGAAUGAUUAGGCCGAGGGGGAGGUAAAAGUCAUGGGGGACACAGGGUGAAGGUUGGGAGCCCCUUCAUGGGGUUCCUGGACAUCUCAGGGUGCAACCCAGUCCGAACGGUCCCACGGGUCUUGGUUUUCCUGGAAGUAUUUCAAUGGUCGUGGUAGCUAUUUUGUUCUUUGUUCUUAUUUGUUUCACCUUGUGUACUUGUUUUUGACAAUUCUGUCCUCGUGUACCCCAGGGGUCUCUUUCCCAUGACAUUUCCAUGACGCCCGAGCGUCGCCGUCAACCUCUCGUUUUUAAGUUCUCGGCCACUCGAAAACGGUAGAAAGAGUCCUCUCGUCCGAGUUGCUGAUAAAAUGGGCCACCGAAGCCGCACAGUGGGUUUUCCGUUUCUAUCAUCUUAGGGUCACUGUAGAAGGGGCUGGAAGAGUAGUUUCUCGGCAGAACGCGUGUGUUUAAAACAAAGUUACUGUCUGUAACCAGCCCUUUGAGCCUUGUUUGCAUUUUCCUUUGCAGACAUAGCGGGUGUGUGAGCAGGUUGCCAGUCUUUGCCUUUCAUCUGAUGAGUCGCUACCGAGUGUUAUCCCUUUGUUGUCCCAAAGCAAGAGUCAAUGCAAGCAACAUUUUCAAUCAGCGUGCAAACACGUGCAUAUAUCCGUAUACCUAAUCUGUGAUUGUAUAAUCCUUGGUUUUUAAAACACCGUAUGGAUGACUUUGCAACGAUCUUGCCAUUGAUAUUUAGGGAAUACCGUCGCCUGCGCUCUGUGAGAGGUUUGCACCGUUGUAGAUAAACACCACACGUGUACGUACAUACGUAUAUACAAAUAUAUAUAUUUAAAAAUAACGCCGGCUCUCUCGGGUACCUGUUUCAGGGGCUGUCCACUCCGUUGGAACAGAGACCCAAGCAGACCCUAGGAUGUGAGCUUUCUAACUGUACCUUACAGGCUUCGGUCCUGUUGUGUACAUUUCUGUAGAGUUACCUCCUUAGAAGAUUUGUACGUGCAUUUUUUGCAGACCUGAACUUUGUUUUCUGAAACUAGAUGCCACUUAUGAAAAUGUGACAUAAAUCAAAUAAAGCAUUGUUAUUUUCAGA